CCCACCCCCAACCCAAUAACCCUCAAACUUGGCCAUCCAAAUGCUUCAAUCGGGACUCUCUCACUCUCAACUCUUACCGUCACUCUCAUCAAUGGCAACCCAGGAAGAGCUCAGAUCCCCGCCGUCACCAGCACCGCCCUCGUUGCGCCGCUAGCCUCCCCUCCGCCUUGUCUCCUCGUCACCUCUGCCCUAGCAUCCAACAGCGUCAGCGUCAUUAGCCUCUUACCGUCUCCUCGUCGUUUACGCUAUUAGCCUCUUACCGUCUCCUCCUCGAUCAUCUGUUCGCCGGAGGGCAGCAAUAUCUUCCCGACAGUGCGACUCCUUCUGCGGCUGAAGGGCGGCAUAGGAGGGUUCAGAUCGCUGCUUCGAGGGCGGCGAUGUAGGCCGGGAAAAAGAAGAUGAACAAUUUUGACGCUUGCAAGGACAUGAGUGGGAGAAGGCUGAGGCACGUGAACCCAGAGAGAGGCUGGAGGAGUGGAAGGCGGCGGAGGAGGAGCGGCGGCUGGAGAAGGUUGUGGAGCAGUUUCUGAAGAAGCAGAUGAAGAAAGGUAAGAAGGUUGCUGGCGAUGGAGAAGAUCACAAGUAUGUUGCCAAGUAUAGGGAAGAGUCUGAGCGCUGUGUCGCCGAGGUUGCAGAGUCUGUGAAGGAGGCUUUGAAGUCUCUCAAUGGUAAGAGAAAGGGUUCUGAAGCUGCACUGGAGAAAGCUGAUUCCAAGAAGUUGAAGAUAUGGUUGGAGCAAUGAGCAUCUCAGUAUUGCGAAGUGUGUGGCAAAUGUUCUGCCUAUGCGAGAAUUGGGAUGGCGAAGUUAGUGUCUGCAAUCAACUUGCUAAUAGCCUUAUGCAAUUGGAAGACAGGUUUGAUGAUUUCAUUCAAAAGUUGAAAGAAGCGGGAUGCAACUUGCUCUUAGUGUGAUUGAAGCACCCACUGGCAAUGAGGAAGAUAAUGACCUUGAAUUUGAAAACUUGUCCUGGAAUGGAUCAGAUAUGGACUGCAUAUGAUCACUCACAUGUACAUUUUCUGAAAGAACUUGAUGGAGUUUGGUUUGAUCAUAUUCCGGAUAUUGUAAGAAAUGAAUGGUCAAGCUGUACAAAAGUUUUGGAGCAAUCUUCCCAAUAUAAAGAUCCAAUAUUUAUGUUGGAACUUGUUCUUCCCCAACAAUCCACCAAUGGUCAAACAUCUUCCUAUUUUGCAUGGCAAAAGACAGUUGAUGCAGUGAAGGCUUUUAUUCUCCACUUUCAGCUGAAGACAUUUAUAUUCAAACGUGAGUUGGCAGAGAAUCCAUUGAUUGCCAUUUCUAGCAAUGAUUCUGGAAUAAUCUGUUCUUCAAAUGUUUCUUCUGCUAGCUUUGGGUCUAAUGUUUCUUUGGAAUCUGGAAUACCUUGUACAAUUGCAUUUUCAAAUGCCAAAAUUAGAGAUGUAUAUGUAGUACCAAUGGUACAUAAGAAUACCAGAAAAUUGCUUCUCACAGAGAAACACCCAUUUCGAAGCCGGCAUGGGGUAGUGAUAACAAUUGCUCCAUUGGCAGGGUUAUGUCCAACAAUAGAUAAGGAUCACCCCUCAUGGUUGCAUCUUCGAGUAAGAGAGUUCAACCCCAAGUUGUAUGCAACUAAAGCUAAAGGAAAUCAUCUUAGCAUGCCUGAUCAUUUUGUGGAUGGGAGAUGGAUCCUUGGUUUUCCAGAUGCAAAAGCUUGUAAGGAUGCUCAUUUAGCCAUUCUUCGCGAAAUUACCAAGCAGAGAUCAGCUGUGGAGGCCAUUCUUGCUCCAUUACUUAAUUAUGAUCUUGGAUUAGCUGAAGAAAACAGAGAAAAAUAAAGUUGUGAUGAUGACUGAUUGUAGUGGCAUUAUAGCUUGUAGGUAUUAAUUAAAAUUGAAGGGAUGGGGUCCAUAAAGGUUGAAGUCAAAAGGAAAAUAGAACUGGGUCCUAAUGCAUUUCCCCAUCAGUUGUGCUGGACCUUAAGUUGAGUUCUCAGCUUUUUUAUUGUAAUCUUCACAAAACAAACAAGGAUUCAGUAAUUGAGGAACCUGUUUCUAGCAUGGGAGUUUGUCUGAGUGCCCAAGUUAAAGUUGAGAGCCCCUAUAGCACUGGUA